CUGCCCGCAGUCUCCUGCCCCAGCCACAGCCCCAGCUCGUCGAGUGUCCGGAUCCGCCGCCCGAACGCCGCGCGCUGCAGCUGCCCCAGCCCAGCCGACGGUCGCCGGCGCCCUUGACCUUGGAACGCGCCCCCAGCGCCCCGGGAUCGUUCCAGCGGCUCCGCGCGCCCCUCGCGCCCCGGGAUCGUUCCGGCGGCCGCCGCUGCCUCCCCGGAGCGCCAGCCCGCGCGCCCCGCUCGCCGCUCCCCGGCAUUCUCGGGGGGCCCGCCCGCCCUGCACCCUGGAGCACCGGGCCUCGAGCCUCUGCCAGCUCUUCUGGAUCCUUGCGGCCGUGGGCAGCGGCUGCCGUGCCUCUCCGCCCGAGACAGGACCCUCACUGCUGCAUUUGCCCAGUAACUCUGGCUGUGCCGCCCAGCCCUUGGGUAAGACGGGCGUCCCGGGAACAUGGCAGAGGAAGACCUCAUCUUCCGCCUGGAAGGCGUGGAUGGCGGCCCGACCUCCCGGGCUGGUGAUUCAGAUGCAGACAGCGAUGGUGAGGAGGAUUAUUUCAUCUGCCCCAUCACUGAUGACCUGGGGGCACGCCAGAAUGUUGAUUCCAAGGUUAAUAACUACGACAGCAACCUAGCCAAAAGCGAGCGCUACGGCUCCAGCGGGUCCCCGGCCAUCUCCUUCCAUUUCAAGGAAGCUUGGAAGCAUGCAAUCAAGAAGGCCAAGCACAUGCCUGACCCCUGGGCCGAGUUCCACCUGGAGGACAUUGCCACGGAACGUGCCACGCGUCACAGGUACAACGCUGUCACCGGGGAGUGGGUGGAGGAUGAAGUUCUGAUCAAGAUGGCGUCUCAGCCCUUCGGCCAGGGAGCAAUGAGGGAGUGCUUCAGGACGAAGAAGCUUUCCAACUUCCUGCACACUCAGCAGUGGAAGGGGGCCUCCAACUACGUGGCAAAGCGCUACAUCGAGUCCGUGGACAGGGACGUGUACUUUGAGGACGUGCGUCUACAGAUGGAAGCCAAGCUCUGGGGAGAGGAGUAUAAUCGGCACAAGCCCCCUAAGCAGGUGGACAUCAUGCAGAUGUGCGUGAUAGAGCUGAAGGAAAGGCUGGGCCGGCCUCUCUUCCACCUAGAGCACUACAUCGAGGGCAAGUACAUCAAGUACAACUCCAACUCAGGCUUCGUCCGCGAUGACAACAUGCGCCUGACACCACAGGCCUUCAGCCACUUCACUUUUGAGCGUUCCGGCCACCAGCUGAUUGUGGUGGACGUCCAGGGUGUGGGUGACCUCUACACCGACCCACAGAUCCACACCGAGAAGGGCACUGACUUUGGAGAUGGCAACCUAGGUGUCCGCGGGAUGGCUCUCUUCUUCUACUCUCAUGCCUGCAACCGGAUUUGCAAGAGCAUGGGCCUCGCUCCUUUCGACCUCUCCCCAAGAGAGAGGGAUGCGGUGACUCAGCACACCAAGCUACUGCAAUCAGCCCAGACCAUCUUGAGGGGGACAGAGGAAAAGUGCGGGAGCCCCCGGGUGAGGACCCUCUCGGGGAGCCGCCCCCCGCUGCUCCUUCGCCUCUCAGAGAACUCUGGAGAUGAGAACAUGAGUGACGUAACCUUUGACUCUCUCCCUUCCUCGCCAUCUUCUGCCACGCCGCACAGCCAGAAACUGGACCACCUUCAUUGGCCUGUGUUCAGCGACCUCGAUAACGUGGCACCCCGAGACCCCGACCCUCUGGACAACCACCGGGACUCUGAGAACAGUGGAGACAGCGGAUACCCCAGUGAGAAGCGGGGUGAGCUGGAUGACCCAGAGCCCCGAGAACAUGGCCACUCAAACGGUAACCGGAGGUAUGAGUCGGACGAAGACAGCCUGGGCAGCUGCGGACGGGUCUGUGUGGAGAAGUGGAAUCUCCUCAACUCCUCCCGUCUCCACCUGACGAGGCCUUCAGCCGUGGCCCUGGAAGUGCAGAGGCUCAAUGCUCUGGACCUUGAGAAGAGAAUUGGGAAGUCCAUUUUGGGGAAGGUCCAUCUGGCCAUGGUGCGCUACCAUGAGGGCGGGCGCUUCUGCCAGAAGGACGAGGAGUGGGACCAGGAGUCGGCGAUCUUCCACCUGGAGCACGCGGCCGACCUCGGCGAGCUGGAGGCCAUCGUGGGCUUGGGACUCAUGUACUCGCAGCUGCCCCACCACAUCCUGGCGGACGUCUCUCUGAAGGAGACAGAAGAGAAUAAAACCAAAGGAUUUGAUUACUUACUGAAGGCAGCUGAAGCUGGCGACAGACAGUCCAUGAUCUUGGUGGCACGAGCCUUUGACACUGGCCAGAACCUCAGCCCAGACAGGUCCCAAAGCUGGCCAGAGGCUCUACUCUGGUACAACACUGCCCUGGAGACAACUGACUGUGAUGAAGGUGGGGAGUAUGAUGGGAUGCACGAUGAGCCCCGGUACCUGCUGCUGGCCAGGGAGGCAGAGAUGCUGUUCACAGGUGGCUGCGGGCUGGAGAAGAACCCGCAGAGAUCAGGCGACUUGUACACCAAGGCAGCCGAGGCAGCAAUGGAAGCCAUGAAGGGCCGGCUGGCCAACCAGUACUACGAGAAAGCCGAGGAGGCCUGGGCACAGGUGGAGGAAUAGCUUGCUGGAAAAAUCACUGCCAGCCAGUCGCAAGCUAAAGGGCUAGGAGUGGGGGAAAGAAAAAGACUUCUUUACUUAUUUAGGAUUGUUUUGGGGCCGGAGGAGGCAAAUAUUUUUAGUGUGUUGUAAAUCAACUUUUGUAUUUUAUUGUUGACUCUUGAAAAUGUCUUUGCUACCAGUGGAGACACUGCAGCUGUCCCCUAGGGCAGCAUUUUGGGGGAGGGGGAUUGAAAAAGCAGCCUAAUGAACCAGCAUUUCUCUUUGAGGUUCUUCUUCUGUGUUUUGUUGUUGUUAUUGUUGUUUUUUGUCAUGAGAUGUAAGAAAAUGUAUCUUUUCUCCCCUGGAUGGAAAAUACUAAGACUUUGCUCAUCAGCCUUUUCAGGCUGGGCUGAAAUCUCAGGCCCACAGAGCCUGUGUUUCCUGAGUCAGGAUGCUAUGGGGUACAGUAGAGCUGCACAUUAACUAUCCAUGGGGUGUGUAGUGUCAUGACUUAGUGCAAAGCCUUCUUUCUCAGAGCAUUUGGAAGUGUGCUGGCAUUUUUUGGUGGAUGUGAGACUGUACAUCACCCAGGCCCCCUUCUGCCAUGGGGGAAGACCUGCACAGUUUUCUUUUUCGGGGGGAUUCUUAGUUCCCCAACCAGGAAUUGAACCCUGGCCCUCAGCAGUGAAAGUGCUGUGUCCUAACCACUGGCCCACCAGGGAAUUCCCAUGUUUUCUAAUCUUUUAGUUUAGUGUCCUUCCUGAAAUGCAGCUUACUUUCUGGAAUACAGCCAAAUUCCAUUCUGAAGCAUGCUCUCUACAGUGGGCUUUACAAAACAGGUUUGAUUUUUAUAUGCACACUUUUACUACCUCUAACUCCUCCAUCAGCUACUGUGCACCUUUUUGGGUGCACCUCAGAGCUUUUACAUGUAAGGACAGUGGCUUGGAAAGUUGGAGCCUGCCCUCCAAGCAGACAUGUACCCUGCAUCUCAGUGGCGGCAUCCACAAUAUACUGAAGUACCCUUUGUACCAUAUUCCUCCGUAUUUUCUUAGCACCUGGUGUUCUUAUGAAGAAUCUGCUCCCCAACCCCUGUCCUUGGCAUUUUCUGCUUGAAGCUUGGUGAUUUUCUUGUUAUUUGCAGCAGGAUGCUUUCAGCAGCAGUCCCUUGAGAUUUGUCUAAGCUGUUGGAGAAUGAAAGGGCAAGAACUAUAAACACUCAUUUAUUCCAGUGGUUUCCCCAGGGCCAGGCUAUGGCUAUCUGUAUUUAAUGAGCGUUCUCUUUAGAAGGAAUUCAGAUUUAACACCAGUUUGAUUUCAGUUGGUGUUUCAAAUAGCAAAGAAAACAGACAACAUUAAAAAAAGCAGAGGGUAACAUACAAACCAUUCUUUUUUUUUUUUUUGGCCGCACCACUCGGCUUGUGGGAACUGUUUCCUGACCAGGGAUUGAAUCCGGUUCCUCCUGCAGUGGAAGGUCAGGGUCCUAACCACUGGACCUCCAGGGAAUUUCCAUACAAACCAUUCUUACCUGUUUAUUAAGACAGGUUCUUUAGCAUGUUAGUGUUAAGUACUGUGAAGUCAUGACCCUGUGCAUGCAUUAGGUUCCAAAGUUCAGAGUGUGCCCUAAAGGAAAAAUCAGGCAGAGUCAAAAUUACCCUUGAAAAAUCCUGUAGAGCACCUAUAAAUGACAGUAUCCCUGUUUUUGUAUUUGGACUCAUCACAACCAGUUUCCUUUAGAAGUUGGAACUGAUCACCCUUUUUCCGGUUGCAUAGGUCAAGUAGUUGGCUUGUCUCAAGUUGUUUGUGUGUUUUAAACCAGUGCAUGUAGUUAAUUUGCAUUUGUUAAAUGUAAGUUAGAAGCAACUUUAUUUUGAGUUAUCUCUUCAAAGGUGUCAAGCCUCAUAAAAUUCAUGCUUUUGUUAGUUCAACCAGCCUCCUUGCUCUUUGAGAUUUUAUUAUGCAAAUCAUUUAUUUCCCCUGACUACGUGUCUCAUUUCUUAGUUAUAUGUCAGUGCUUUCCUCUAACGCAGGGCUCGGCAACUUUUUUGUAAAGGGCCAGAUGGUCUCUGUUGCAACUACUUAGCCCUGCUAUUGUAGUGCAGAAACAUCGGUGACCGACACCUAAACGAAUGAGCAUGGCUGGCGUUCCAAUAAAACUUUAUUGACAAAACAGCCUUCCUGGGCUACAGUUUGCCAACCCCUGCUCUAAUCCUGACUUAAGAGCUACUAUAUUAAACCCUGAGGGCAAGAGUCAUCUCAAUUUUUAUUUUGGUCUCCAGUACUUAAAAACAGUGCCUUAGCACAGAGUAGGCACUCAGUAAAUUCAUGAACAAUGGAGAAUCAGCCUUAGUCACAGCACUCACUCUUUGUGGCUCUGGUUCCUCCAACCGGUUAAUGAUUCCUUGUCUGGAUUGGCUUGAACGGUCACCCCUGUAAUUCCACCCACUCACAUGGCCUUAAUGUCAGGGCAGUCCCCUUCUGCAGGAGGCUGGGAUAGCUAGGCAAAUGCUUCUUUAAGGACCAUUGAGAGCAAAAUGAUCUGCAAAAUACUGAGAUCCUUCUGAGCCAGCAGAACUUAUUCCACUUUCAAAAGCUAGUUCUGUGCCUUCUAAAGCUGGUUAGGGCAUCUUUUUCCACAAAUGCUAGGCAUGCCAAAAAAAAAAAGCAAAAAGCAAAAAAACCCCAGGAUAUUCCAGCCCAACUGGGGAGACAUCAGAGACUCUUUUCAGGUGCAAGAAACGGGAAGGUCCAGGAGAUUAACAGUUGGGGAUGUAGUUUACAUCUUCAAUCACAGAUGGAGAAUCCAAGGUUCUGAAAGGUAGACUUUUUCCAAGUACCCUGCUGGUUAGAGGCUAAGCUGGAGCUAGGAUUUGAGAGCUGCUUUUAUUUAGAGGAUCCUGGGAAUAAAAUUUAAAGUUAAACUGGAGUGUAAUGUCUCUUUCAGUUUUGCUGUAGGUUUAAAAAGAAAAAAAGCAGCCUUUAUGGAUGUAAGUAGGAAAAAAUCCGUAAUCCCUGUGCACCUGGAUAUCCUUAUCCCCUCCUCCUCACCUGAGGCCCUGUGGGAAUUUAUCAUCAAAUGCAACCUUGAUGAACCAAGCCAGGUAAAUUACUGUUGUUGCUGUUUUAGUGACUUCAUUUCCUUUCGUCCCAGCACAUUUGUCUGCAGUACUAGACAUGUUUUCCAAAUCAAAAAUGUUUACACAAGUAUAUGCAGCUUGUGUGGGGGAAAGGAGAUAAAAUAUGCAUAUUCUCUGCAUUUGUGCCUGUUACUCACUUUUCUAAUCUCUGCAGUACCCCAUUAACCUAGACAAGGUGGACACUGGGUGGACCCAGAGAAGUGGCUUGCAUUAUAGAUUUAUUUUUGCAUAUAUAUUAAGUUCCAUUUUGCCUUUCCAAAUAAAGUGGUUUCUUUCUGGUCUCAAAUUCAAAUGUCUCCUGGUAACACAUGAGUGAAGUAGCUGGGUGGAGGUGGGGUGAAUUGGAGGGCUCAGCCCCACCUGAAAGAGGCAGCCCAGAUUCAGCUCCGAAUGUUUGUCCCCAUGGGGGGUGUGGGCCCAGUGUUGCCCCAUUUUCCAAUUUUUCAAGCUGCUGAAAAUUGGAUUUUUUUAUGCAAGGUUUCUUGAUUUUUAACAUUUCUAAUUCUUAUUAAAAAAACUUAUAGAUUUGGCACAUACGUUUUCUGUUUGCUUUAAAUAAAGGAUGUGUACCUCUCGUU